CAAAAAUGGAAAAACAAUCAACACAGUGACGUCUGUAUAUUCUGGCCCAUUUUCAUACCUUGACAGCAUGGCCUGCGCUGUUAAAGGACACGAGGACUUUCCUUCCCCUUUAUUCUAUUCAAUGUCGUAUCAGCAUUCUGGUUCAGUCCUGGACGCAGUGAGAAAUGGAUGGAUCCCUUGAACCCAGAGACCCUCAUAGAAGACUCUCAGUAUGCAGGUCGUGUGGAUGUCACUUACACAACAGGGCAGUCCAACCUGACAAUUACUAACUUAAGAGAGAGUGAUUCAGCAGAGUAUCGAUUUAUGUUCCAAACACAUAGGUUUAAGUGGGGGAGUGAUUUACAUGGAACAACUCUAACUGUCACAGCUCUCCAGAUUCAAGUGACAAAAACUUCAGCUUUGCAGGACACAACAUAUGCAGAGCUGAAGUGUCACAGCAGCUGCACUCCAGCUGUCUAUCACUACAUCUGGUUCAAGAAUGGACAGAACCUUGGCCAUACAGAAUCUACCUAUAAAGGCCCCAUUAACAUUACAGAUAAAAUCUCCUGUGCUGUAUCAGAGCAUGAGGAAUACAGAGCUCCGGAAGUGUAUGCUCCAGUUUCUCCUUCUGUGUCAGUCGAUUCCUCAGGUGACAUAUUUGAAGGCAAGCCAGCAACACUGAGGUGCAGGAGUCAAGCUAAUCCACCCGCUUACUACACUUGGUACAAGAAGACUAAAACUUCAGCUCUUCAACAUGUUAGUGAAGAUUCACAGCUUUUCCUGAGCUCCAUCCAAUUGUCUGACUCUGGAGAUUACUGCUGUGUAGCCAAGAACCAGUUGGGGGAAAGCCAAUCUAAAUAUCUUAAUGUUGAUGUGAAAUAUGCUCCAAAGCGUGCAGAUGUGUCACAGAGUCACAGGGAAGUAGUGGAGGGUGUUUCAGUAAAUCUGACCUGUAGCAGUGAUGGUAACCCAGCACCUAAUUACAGUUGGUACAAAGACAACCAAAUUAUGCUUCAAGGACAACAAGGUGUGUAUCAAUUAACUUCUGUCAGGUCUGAGGACAGCGGCAUCUACCAUUGUCAAGCUGAGAACCAAUAUGGACUGAUCAGCUCUUCAUCUGUCCAUAUAAAUGUGGAGUAUUCUCCAAGGCUUCCCUCUGUGUCUGUGAAUCCUCCUGGUGAGAUAGCAGUGGGUGGUUCAGUGAACUUGAUCUGCAGCAGUGUUGCUAACCCAGCAGCUACCUAUACCUGGUACAAAGAAAGCACAACUUCACCAGCAGCAUCUGGACAAAUGUUCACCAUUGAGGCCAUCAGACAUGAACAUGGUGGAAAUUAUUACUGUCAGGCCAGAAAUAGCAGAGGACACCAUAACUCCACCUUAUAUCUGAUUGUGGUUUUAAGUUCAGCUACAACUGCUGUUGCUGGAUCCAUCACUUUUAUAUUCCUCUUUGGUUUAUUUUUGUCUGCCUUUAUCAUUUUUAGAAAAAAGAUGGCUUCAAGGCAAACUUCUGAGACCAGAGAGAGACCAGGAGUUAUCUGGACAAACCACUCGGGUCAGAACUCGGGCCAACAGCUGGAGACUCUAUCAACUGCAGCACCCAGAAUCAACAGAUCAACAGAUGAAGAUAACCUUUACUAUACUAGUGUAGUUUUCUCUAAAACUCAAGACGAACCUCUCUACUCCAACUUCAUGCCAGCUGAAGCCAAAACGCCUCAAGAGGAGGAGGUAGAUGUGGAGUAUUCAACAGUUGUUAUCAGGGGCACAUCUAGUAUCAGCAGUCAUGAUGCUUCCGAGGAAUCAUGUGCACUGUACAGCACAGUCAGCAAAGUCAACGGAUUAUAAACAACAAUACAUCUGUGACUCCUGUCCAGUAUUUUACCCACUAGUAUUUGUUUCCUUUUCAGUUUAUCAGAAAGCAAAAAAAGUAGAUUAUCUAACAACAAAUGAGGUAAGAUGGUUGCAUUAACACUGUACUAGUAUACAUAUACUCACCAGAACCUCUGGUACACUUUGCUAAUACCAGGAUGGGCCCCUUUUGCAGAAUUGCCAUAAUUUGUUGUGGCAAAAAUUUAACAAGGUGUCAGAACAUUCCUUUGAGGUUUUGGUCCACGAUGACAUGAUAACAUCACACAGUUCCUGAACAUGUGCUGGUUGUAUUUCCAUGAUGCAAAUAUCUUGUUCCCCCAAAUCCCAGAGGUUCUUUAUUGGAUUGAGAUCUUGUGACUGUGGCAACCACCAGAGUGAACUCAGUGAACUCACUGUCAUGUUUGAGAAACCAACUUGAGAUAAUUUGAGCUUUGUGGGAUUAUCCUGCUAGAAGGAGCCAUUAGAAGAUGGUACAUUGUGUCAUAAAAGGAUGGACAUGGCCAGCAUCAAUACUCAGGAACUGGUACUAAGGGGCCCAAACUCUGCCAAGAAACUAACUCCCACACCAUUACACCAGCAGCAGGCUGAAUUGUUGAUACAAAUCAGGAUGCGUUCAUGCUUUCAUGUUGUUUUCACCAAACUCUGAAUUUACUAUCUAAAUGUCACAGCUAGAAUUGUGUAUCAUUGGACCAGGCAGCAAAAUUUCCAAUUAGUUUUUUAAUUCAAAUUUUCUAAUUUGGGUGAGCCUUCAUUGUAGAAUUGAAUUCCUGCUCAGUUUCCAGUUUGUAGCUCAAAGGAGAAGAUCCCAGUGGCCUUUUCCCGCUCUGCGUCCAGAGAUCAAAUUGUUUCUUUACGGAUCAUAUGUCAAAAUGUGGACCAUGUUAUUAGCAGACCAUAUGGGGAAUGGUCUGUAAAGAGUAGAUAUGAUUGUUUGUGUGAAAACCUCAGUAGAUUAGCAGUUUCUGAAACAUUAAUACAAGCUUCUUUGGCAACAGCAACCAUAUUAUAUUUACUUAAGUAACUUAAAUCUCCUUUCUUUUCCAUUCUGAUGCUUUUAUCUUCAACAAGUCGAUUUCACCAGGUCUGGCUUCCUACGUGCAUUGAGUUUCUGCCAUGAAAUCAUCCAAAUCACUAUUAGCGUUGUGAAGAAAUUCAACAGGUGUACCUAAUAAAGUGGCCAGUGAGUGAGAUGUUUGUGAAUCUCAUUAACUACACAGAUUUGUACGGCUGAGCUUAAGUCUUUGUUUUAUGUUUAUUUUUUAUUGACAUGAUUGCUCUUGUUUUACUAAGCUGUUAAAUAAAUAUAUAUUUAUUAGACAA